UGUUCGUAACGGGAAGGGCUGCACGUCUGUCCGAAUUCCAAAACAUUUCGCGCGCAGUGAAAAAUGCAGUGAAUUUGGAAAAGUCAUAUUGGAAAAAAUGUGGUAUUCCAAAGUGAGUGUUGGAGAUUUUUGAGAAAAAAAAAUUGUUGUUUGUGCGUUUUUUUUGUGUGUGAUGUGUUAUUAGUGUUUUCGGUGCGGUAGCCACGACAGCAAUGUCUGUGGAGGGCCAACGGUGCCUGUGUGUUGUGGUGCUUCUCAUACACACCGUCACAGGCGCUGGAGAGGGUCCUUCAUCACCAACGCCCCCCACAUCAUCGGUGAAGCCCGACCAGAACGAGCUGACAGUCACCUUUCCCCCCCUCGAGGACCUGUACAGCAAUACCCCUGAGAAACACUUCGGAACUGAGAACAAUACUGUUGUGACGUCACAAACAGGAUCCACUGCGUUAUUGCCGUGUGUCAUCAGGAAUAUUGGAGAUGGAAUUGUAUCGUGGAUAAGAAGAAAAGACUACCACCUCCUCACAGUCGGCCUGACAACGUACAGUUCAGACCAGAGGUUUCAAGCCAUUCAUUUGCAGCAUUCAGAGGACUGGACGUUGAAAGUGAGGUUCGUUCAGAAACGGGACGCGGGCAUCUAUGAGUGUCAAGUGUCCUCCCAUCCCCCGACCAGCAUCUUUUUAAGACUUGACGUAGUGGAGGCAAGAGCGCAGAUAUCAGGGCCUACAGAGAAGUACCUCAAACCAGGGUCUACGUUACGGUUGCAGUGUUCCGUGGUACAGACUACGGAAGCACCAGCGUUCGUAUUCUGGUACCACAACAGCAGAAUGAUCAACUAUGACGUGGAGCGAGGGAUCAAUGUCACCACGGAUCCGGUACAGCGGCUGUCAGACCUGCUGAUCCCGGCAGCCAGUGUGUCUCAUGCUGGCAACUACACUUGCGUGCCAAAUAACGCCGUUCCUGCUAGUAUAUACGUCCAUAUAUUUAAUGGUGAAAAUCCCGCAGCAAUGCAGUCAUCUUCGCCAAGUUUCAUCAAUCGUCUACACAGCUUCUUAUUACCAACCCUCAUUAGUUUAAACCUGAUACGGUGACAAUUUCACCAGCUGAACAACUGAAAAUGUACUCUAAAUGUAAUAGCGCAUGGUCUAUUUUUGCAUGGAGUGAAACCUCUGCGGUGUCGAAUAAAUUCGAAAGGUUAUUACGAGUAGCAGGAGCCGUUGAGUGUACACGUGUUUUUACUUUACCAAGUCUGUAUUUAUUGAGGACAUCAAAUUUGUUUGUUGAUUCAAUAUUUAAAUGUCUAACUUAUCCGCAUACGAGGACGUUAUAAUUAAAAUUCUCUUUUUGAUCUUAUUAGUCAUCAUUAUUUUGAACCUUCAAAGUCAAAGCACAUCUAAUCUAUAUUUGACCAUCUUUCCUCCCUCUCAAUGAUUCGUGGAAGGUUCAAGCCUCUCAUUGGAUUUCAACAAUUUCGAUUCCUCUCUGUUAUUCACCAAUUUCUCGGCUUCCUUAACAUCAGGAUGGUAAAUUAUUAGUCAUUUGGAAAUGGAAAUUUUAUCCUCCAUUCCCUCAUUACUUGAGGAUCUUGAAUGCAAUCAAUGAGCUAUCUCCAUCAAUGUAGGUCAAGCCUUGCAGAGCGCCUCACUUAUUAAAUAUAUCUAUUCAAGGCAAUUCUUUAUUUGUACGUAGAAAGUUGGAGCCAAUUAGCUGAUGAGUCCAAUUUUAUUGAUAAAAACGGUGCUAAUAAAGAAAAAUCAGUCAGUAAGACAGUCAAAGUAAGAAAAGAAACUUAUAGAACACCAAAAUAUUUUUUUUGGGGGCUUAUAAAAGAGUUAGUGCUAGUUAUUAUGUAGAGUCCCAUCUAAUACAUGUUUACUGCUAGUAAAUUGUGAUAUUAUCUUCAAUAACAAAACAACGUGUGGAUUAUGACAAGAGUGACCCAGAUCCCUUACUGGCUGAGUCGACAGGAUGGACAUAUACCUUCUCUGCUUAGCAUAUAAAUUUACUGCGUGAUGAGGGGUCUUUGACGUAUCCUGAUUAUCAUUCAUAUCCUGACGACAGGCCCCAGAAGGUACUUCACCUGACAGAUAUAUGAGUACCUUUAGAAAUAUCACUUCUCUAGUCUUAAAUGUUAAUUAUUUUCUGUGCCACUCUAAAAUAUUUGAAUAUAAGCCUGAUAAUGGAUACGAUAUCAAACGCUUUGAGAUAAUAUUUGUGGACUAAAUGGAGUCUUAAAUAAACCAAAGAUCACAGAUUAUGUUUCAGAUUUUGAAGUAUUAAUACCACUUAGCACGAAACCUUUGAUCUUUACUUUGAACGUGAACUAAAUAGUUUAAACUGUUAUCGUGUUCGAAAUAACUAGUUUGUGACACAAAACGAGGCGAAAAUAUUCUUUGAUAAAAUCGUAAUUAUGACAACGGUUGCGAAAGAGCAGAAUUUAAUAUUGCUAAAAGGGAUAAAGUAGAGAGCGUAAUUAAAGGGGCCCUGCUCACAAGUGCCACUGGUGAUACAAAAUUAUUUCAAGUACAACCCGUUCAUAAUCGUUUUCUGCACAGCGUCCUUAUUAUAAGCCGCGUAAGUAAUUUUAAUUGAGCCACCCUAUAAUUCCCUUCGAGAAUUGUUACUGUAACAGCCCCCAAUUAUUUGAAAUAGUCAACCUUUUGGACCAAUGUGAUUUCUGUGCAAAGAUCAGUUGCUUCUAAAUGUUCUUGCCUUGCUAUUUUAGCUUUAAACUUUCAUGGAUUGGGAAUUUUGUUGGGUACAGAAAAGGCGACUGCUUUUGAAAUGUGAAAGGUUUCAGAAUUGAUGAACCCAAUUGAAUUUGUCGCCGCCCGAACGUGUAUUCUUGGGAAGUGUGUUCCAUUUUAUUUACUAUCGGGUUGUGUCAAACGUAAGUUUUAUAUGAAUACAUAUGUACAUACAUGAAACUAUCUUAUGUUACGUACAAUUUAUAUUUGCAUACGAAAUCUAUUUUCCUACUUGCUGAGUUUUGAGAAGAAUUGGUUUUUGGCUCAAAAUCGUGCGUACGUAAACCUGUCAUUCCACGUUUGGGUGGGCGUUUUUCUAACAUUACUAACCCCUCGGACCUUUGAGGGUACGUAAAUUCUUGGGUUCUGCGUCUGAUUUUUCUCCGGCCGUCUUGAAUUACUGUCCCAUUGGAAUAUGCGAGUGAUAGAGAAUUUUCUGCGCAAACUUGUGAAUUAUGGGUAAUCUUCUGGGUAGCCUGAGAUUGGCUUCCGUGACCGAAAUUUAGGCCCAGAGAAAUAAUUCUCCUACUUUAUUAUGUAGCUGGGAGAUGAGAAUCCAAUUUCGCUAAUAGGUUUUCUGUUUCAGUACAAUAUAAUUCCGAGUCUAACAAUGAUGGAGUUAUAUUACUAUUGCGAGACAAACAUGCAAAUUGUAAUCCUGGCUCAUAUUACAAAUGCUAAAAUAGGUUAUGUGGCAAUUCUGUUAACUACUAGCGUAUUUCUAAGAAUUUCAAUAAUAAUUUCGGAAUUCCAACGAAAUGACUCGACUUGAAUGUGGUAUUAUGAACAUGAAGACAUUCGUACUUAAACUGGAGUAUUCAGUAACUGAUAUUACGUAACUUUGAAACGUUAAAAGCUUUGGUCAUAUAAAUGAUUGUGGAAACAAUAGAUGUAUUAAAAUAGACUGUAAUACAAAAGUUGAACAAAUUAAUACAACUCAUUACAUAUGAAAAGCCUUACAUAUUAAUGUUGUUUGUAAUAAAUAUGAGAACAAAGCAGACAACUAAACAAAUUAAUAACCUGAUAGAAUUGCAGAAAAAACUAAUAGAGAAACAAUGCAAUAUGUUCUAUUUUUAUACUAGAUUGAACGCAGCUUAAUGUUAUUAACCGAAGCCGAUAAAAAAAACUUUGCUGCUACACAAAGUAUUGGUAUUUUAUUUAUUCUGUUCAUUGCUCUGUUUAAUAGCGUCAAAGAAAAAGUUAAUUAUCCUUCUAACUUCAAUAUUGCAUUUGAAGCCAGAGGGUAGGUGAGAUAUU